UGUACAUGUAUAUGUAUGGUGCCUGCUGAAGCAAAAAUCUGCGGAUGGCAUCGAGGAGUUGAGUUGCAGAGAAACGAUGAGAAACUUCAUCGUCCGAGUCUGCUUAGGUUGGUUGGCAGCAGCGAUUCUGGUGAAUGGUCAGCCAGGUACUUCGAGGAUUCGACACAGGUACGUACGUGGUUCACCGUUCGAAGCUUUCCCGACGGAACUCGCAACUGCUACACCAUUCCCCGGUUGAAGGAAGGGGACAGGUAUCUCGUAAGGGCCUCCUUCGUUCACGGCAACUACGACGGCCAAGCCUUUGGGAACUCCGUCGCCCCACCACUGCUAUUCGAUCUCUAUGUCGGUGUCAACCUCUGGCGACGCAUAAACAUCACCAAGGCGUCCACACUUUACGAGGCCGAGAUUAUUACUCUCGCCCCGUCCGACUCCCUGUCGAUAUGCCUGGCCAACAUUGGUUCGGGAACGCCGUUCAUAUCUUUGCUGGAGUUGAGGCAUAUCGACAACCACCUGGCGUACCAGGACGCGAAUCAAUCCGCUGCACUACUCUUCUACAGUCGCUACAACUUGGGAUCCCUCACCAACGACACCGUCAGGUAUCCACAAGACAAAUAUGACAGGACAUGGCGUCCUUGCAACGGUUAUAUUGACUGUGAAACAUGGAAUUUUACAAGCAGUUCUUUGGGCAUCAAGACCACUCGUGGUGAUGCUUAUGAGGUCCCAGGCGUGGUCAUGGGGACUGCAACUGUUGCUGCAGAUAAUUUUACAUUGCAAUAUUUCUUGCACUAUGGCCUCAAUUCAAGUGUUCAAACAACAUUCUAUAUCUAUUUGCACUUUGCUGAUUUCGACUAUUUAAGUGGAAAUGGAAGUAGAAUUUUUCAGGUGAGAGCAGACGGGGAACUUGAUAGUGAUAACAUCAGUCCUGCAUAUCUACUGGCAACUCAUGUCCAUUUCAUCCAUCAGCUAGCGUACCCAGGUUUAAAUGGUUAUUUUAAUCUGACAAGGGUGACCGGUUCCACCCUUCCCCCCAUCCUCAAUGCUGCUGAGGUUUACAUUCCUAUUAAUGUUUCAGUUUUGGCAACAGAUGCAGCCGAUGUUGAUGCUAUGAUGGGGAUAAAGAAAUUAUAUCAGAUGAAGAUAUGGCAGGGUGAUCCUUGUGCUCCGCAGCAAUUCAUUUGGAGUGGAGUAAAUUGCACCUACUCAAGCUCUGGUACCCCAAGAGUCACCUCAUUAAACCUCUCUUAUCUUGGGUUGAAUGGUGCUAUACCAAAUGCUUUGGCUAAUCUGAAGGCCCUUAACUAUUUGUAAGUUUCUAAAUUUAUCGUCAGAGGCUGCUGGCUAGCAACAUCAUGCAGACAAUUUGAGAACAACUCGUAGAUGUUGCAUGAAAUUGACUUGUUACCCUUUUACAUGUGUAUUUUAUUCACUUCUAAUCUCCUUUUUCUAACUCCAUAAACAAAAGGCUUUUGUUUUUUCAUGUUAGUUGCCAAAAUUAGGAAUGCAGAUGGACCAGUUUACAAACCAAAGCAUUAGCUUGGGGUUUUCUUUAACCACAUCCUAUAUCAUCCAAACUGAACUAAACCAAAACACUAUUGUUGUGUUUUGCUUCUAAUAUGGCUUUACUCAUGAAAUCUGGUUUCAAAGGACCAAAGUUAUAGAGAUCAACAUGUAGCUACUUUUUUUUUUAAUGAACUUUCUUAUGAAAAAAUAUCAAUAACUAA